AUGAACUCUGCUUCUUCUGCUCAAAGCCCUGUCCGAACUGCUCCUCAGAGCUUCGACAGUCUGGCAAAUGCGCCACUUCGGAAGAAUGUUCGCCGUUCUUUGGGUUCGUUUUCUAUCUACUUUAUAAAGUGUACCUCAAACUUUUUUAACUUCGAUUCCUUCAAAACAGUGCCAAAUUUGCAGACAUCACAACCCGAACUCGCAGAAGUCUCAACUUCAGCGUUCUUAGCCCAGUUCGAGCUUCUCAAGAGUUCGAAAGUCUGCCAAAUGCGCCACUUCGGAAGAAUAUUCGCCGUUCUUUGGGUUAGUUUUUCUUCUACUUUGAAGCGCUCCUCAAACUUUUUUUAAGUUCGAUCCCUUUGAAAAAGUACCAAAUUUGCAGAGAUCACCACUCGAACUCGCAGAAGCCUCAACUUUAACACUCUGAGCCCAGUUCGAGCUUCUCCAGCUUUUCAAGAGCUCGGCAGCCUGGCAAAUGCGCCACUUCGGAAGAAUACUCGCCGUUCUUUGGGUUCGUUUUUUAACUCUGAAGCUUUUUCGAACUUUCUUCAAUUUGCAGAUACCACUACCAGAACUCGAAGAAGUCUCAACUUUUUCGCUCUCAGUCCUGUCCGAGCGGCCCCAGUUCCUCAGAACUUCGACAGCCUUGAAAAUGCGCCCCUUCGCAAAAACAAACGUCGUUCUUUGGGUAAGUUUUUGUCUAUUCUAAAGCUUUCUCCCGUUUUUUUUAUUUUAAUUUUGACAUCUUGAAUAUCUUUCUAACUUUUUAGACAUCACCACCAGAAGUCGCAGAAGUCUCAACUUCUUGAUCGACCUUGCUCCUGCUCAGGAAGCGUCUGAAGCUCCAGCUGAGGUCCCGAAGACUCCCACUCGCAGCGAAAUGGCUCCAGAAGUCGUCCAACUUCUGAAUUGGGCUCCCAUUCGCGAGAAUCGGAGGAUUCGUCGCUCUUUGGGUUAG